AUGUCUAGCGAAAAAUGCGCUGCACAGGCUGCGCUGAAUCUGUACGUAGUUCAGGCCAAGGAACGCCUGCAGAAGAUCCUGCAGACCUUUCAAUGGAACGAGCAAAAGACUCGGAGUACUAUGCAGUUCCCAAAAGCUCUCUCAUCUGAAUUAGAAUUAGAACCACUUGAGGAGCAACUGCCAGACAACUGGGCUAAUGACACAAAGUACACUGUGCAGCUGGAUGCUGCUAAGUUGGAGGAACUGCUAGGCUCAGUGGAAAAGUCCAAGCUAACAGCACACAGCUUCGAAGAGUUGCAAACGCACUGGACUGAUGCUGAAAAGCUGCUCAUUUAUGAGCAUGUAAUGAAGUCUACGCCUCCACCGAAACAAAGAUUUGAUGACAAUGUAGAAUUUGCAGAGGUUGUGGCGGUUACCGGACGCGUGCAUAAGAACCGUCGGCGUCAUCGCAAAAUUAUACCCACAUUGCGUGAGGAAAUGCAUCAGUUGGUCCAGCUUCAAAUGGAUGCAUUGGAGAGGCAGUAUAAGGAUGCUAACAAGAAGACCAGAAUAUAUGAAAAGAAACAGAAACGGCAGCAUGAGCGUCAGCGCAUCCGCAGUGGCAGUCGUAGUCGAAGUAGUAGAAAGUCUGAGGCAAGGCAAACUUAUCUCUCCCGUGGUAGUCGUAGUCACAGCAGUAGGAAACCUAAGUCAAGGCAACGCUCCCUCUCCCCGAGUCACAAGACACAGCGGCGUCUACAUUAAUUUCACAUAUGUAUGUAGC